ACAGGAUCCAACGGGUCUGCAUGCCACAUUGCCGCACAACGACGGUUCCGUCGCUCAACAUUACACACAACCACCGUCCUCGGCAGUCUAUCUAUCUUCUUUUUCUCUAACUCUCUAGAAUCAAAUGAAAAUGGAGGAGCAAGAUGGAAACAAUUGAACGAUUCAUCUAAAUGUAAAUAUAAAAGGAUACAAAAUAAUUGAACAACUUUGUGCAAGAGGUAAUCAUCUCUAAUCUCGUCUAUAAUCGUCUCCCCUGGCCAUUCGCAUGCGGGAACGCUUAUUUCUUUCCUGGAUCUUCAUCUAUCCCCGUGGUAGAGUUGCUUGAUCGUAUCUGCAAUGGAUACCCCUAAAACUCCCUUAAGUGGGAUUAAAAAAGAUCUUCAAGGAAGAUUGCAGUGUUACAAGCAAGAUUGGGUCAGGGCUUUAGAUUCAGGCGCAAGAAUAUUAGCUCCAACAGCAUACAUCUUCUUUGCCUCCACCCUUCCAGUGAUUGCAUUCGGUGAGCAGCUGAAUAAAGAGACAGAUGAUACCUUGAGUGCAGUGGAAACUCUGACAUCUACUGCUAUAUGUGGAGUUAUUCAUGCAAUAUUCGGUGGACAACCUCUUUUGAUUUUAGGCGUUGCUGAACCUACUGUUAUAAUGUACAAUUACUUGUAUGCUUUUGCUAAAGAAAGACCAGAAUUGGGGAAGAAACUGUUUCUCGCUUGGGCUGGAUGGGUUUGUGUCUGGACUGCUGUGAUGUUGUGUGUUCUUGCUAUACUCAAUGCUUGCACACUCAUCACAAGAUUCACAAGGGUUGCUGGUGAACUUUUUGGCAUGUUGAUUUCAGUGCUCUUUAUGCAAGAAGCUAUCAAGGGAGUUAUUAGUGAGUUCCAUGUACCAAAAGGAGAAAAUGAAAGAAUAGAGGAGUACCAAUUUCAUUGGCUAUAUACAAACGGGUUGCUUGCAAUUAUUUUGGCAUUUGGUACCCUCAUGACUUCCAUCAAGAGUAGAGGUGCCAGGGCUUGGCCUUAUGGUGUAGGGUGGAUACGUGGUCUUAUAGCAGACUAUGGGGUUCCUCUAAUGGUGUUAGUGUGGACUGCAAUAUCUUAUAUCAAACCUAGAGAUGUUCCUCCUGGUGUUCCUAGACGCCUUUUUUGUCCCCUUCCUUGGGAACCUGGAUCUUUGUCCCAUUGGACAGUCAUUAAGGAUAUGGUGAAGGUUCCAGCAGUUCAUAUUUUCACUGCUAUAAUACCAGCACUGAUGAUAGCAGCCUUGUACUUUUUUGACCAUAGUGUUGCUGCACAAAUGGCACAACAGAAAGAAUUCAAUCUCAAAAACCCUUCUGCUUACCAUUAUGACAUAUUGUUACUUGGAUUCAUGACUUUGAUUUGUGGUCUGGUUGGUGUCCCUCCAUCAAACGGUGUCCUCCCACAAUCACCCAUGCACACAAGGAGUCUUGCAACUCUCGAGAGACAGAUUAUGCAAAAGAAGAUGGUAAAGUGUGCAAAGGAAGGCAUGAAAAUGGAAGCAAGCAGCUUAGAAAUCUAUGGAAAAAUGCAUGCUGCUUUUGUUCAAAUGGAUCCUCAUCCACAAAGUCCUGCAGUGAAGGAGUUGGAAGACUUGAAGGAAGUUGUGCUGAAUCAAGAAGAUGGAGGCGAAAACAAGGUCAAAUUCGACCCUGAUAAACAUAUUGAAGAUCACAUACCAGUUCGUGUGAAUGAGCAAAGACUAACAAAUCUAUUACAAUCCCUGUUAGUGGGGUCCGCAGUCUUCGCUAUGCCUGCAAUACGGAAGAUCCCUACCUCUGUUUUAUGGGGAUACUUCGCCUACAUGUCAAUCGAUAGCCUUCCGGGAAACCAAUUUUGGGAAAGACUAUUGCUCCUUUUCAUCCCUCCUGGACGCCGUUUCAAAGUUUACGAAGGGCCUCAUGCUUCAUAUGUGGAAUCGGUGCCAUUUAAAUACAUAAUGAUGUUCACAUUCCUCCAGCUUGUGUAUUUCUUGAUUUGUUAUUUGAUCACAUGGAUACCAAUAGGUGGUAUAUUGUUUCCAUUACCCUUCUUUUUUCUAAUUCCAAUAAGAGAACAUCUUCUUCCCAAAUUGUUCCCUCAUCAACAUCUUCAAGAACUAGACGCGUCUGCUUAUGAAGAAUAUAUCGGGCCCCACGCUAACAAUGGCAGUCUUUCACGCAAGAGAAUUGAAGGGUUUGAUGAGGAACACUCGGAUGAUAGCGAAUAUGAUUUGUCUUCCACGGAGAUAUUGGAUGAAAUGAUUACUCACAGAGGCGAGUUGAAGCUAAGAUCGAGCUUUAACGAUAAACAGUUUCAUUCGUUUCAGGUUCACCAUCCGGAUAGCGACUCACAAGCCUAGAAUGACAUGAUCAGUCGACUUACUUAUGAUUCAUUGCUGGACAACUUGUUGUGAUAAGUUGGCCUCAUCUACAAUGGAAAAUGAAGUACACGUCA